UACAUUUAAAAAAAAAAACUGCAAAAAAACAAACAGUGGUUCCUGAGAAACAGUCUUUAGACCAGAAACUGCCUUCAAUUUGAUCUUGGUGAAGUUAUACUGUAUCAUUGCCCUCUGAUGUGACUUUUAUCGCUGAAUGUAUAGGUUAUAGCGUGGACAUUUUUCAUAUAUUAAAAUAGAUUCAUAACUGGUGGAGGACAUCAUCUGUACUAAAAAAAAGAUCAUUUAUUAUGCAGGGGAACUUUGCAAGAAUUAAUCUACAAGUUUUGGCACCCUCAAGCCCUUCCUAAAUUAGGCCCAUUCGUCUCAAAGUCAUCAGUGAGGGGGACUGGUUUCCAGAUUUACCCACUAAAUUACAGGCUCAGGCAGCCCUGACAGGGAGCAGCUCUGCCUCCACACUUCACACUGCACCGCUGAAUUCAAGCGCGUCUUGAGGGAUAAGUGAAAGGGCCCCUCACUGAGGUAAUUGUUUUCAGCACUUGACUGUGCACCUUCCAGAACAGAGCAGAGAUUUGGGGAGAUUUAUUUUCAACCAAAGAAUUUAUAGGCCUUUACAGAGUCUGCAGCGGGGAAAAUAGAUGUAUGGGAGAGAUGCGCUAAAUCAGGGGCCAUUCCACUCCAGGUUGGACAGGUAAAAUGAUAUAAAUAACUACUUCAGGUUCUGGGUGAAGGCGUAAUUGAUUCAGUUAAACAGUGUAGAGGACGGUUGGAACAAGAGCCAACUUAGACACCCUUGCACUAUACAAAGAUUUAGCUUCAUGCAGUUUUUACCAUUUUGAAUGCAGUGAGCUUUUUACAAAACUAGCCUGAAAGAUGUAGGCUCUUAGUUCAUUGCUAAUUCUGAAAUUGUAACAACUUCUUCUUCUUCUUUUUUUUUUUUUUUUUGAAAAGCACGUUUUUAGUAAAGCUUGUCCACAGUUUCUAAAAACAAACAUACCUGUGGUAAAACCCCACGACCCCACCCAUGGGUGACGCUCAUCUUUUACCUGCAAUUCCACGGCUAACCCAUCACGACACCGUGAAGCAGGAUGUGUUUGUUUGUUUGUGUUUUUACAGAUACACCUGCCCGUUCGUGGAGAAGUUCUCAAUUGACAUUGAAACCUAUUACAAGCCUGACACAGGAGACGAGAUCGAUGUGUUUAACAUGUCACCGUCAGACAGGAGACAGAGGACUCUAGAUCCCAUCGAUAUCGUUAAGGAUCUGAUCCCCUCUCACGAGUACAUGGCAGAGGAGGACCCCAAACUCUACAAAUCAGUGAAGACCAAGAGGGGGCCCCUGACGGAGGACUGGAUUGAGGAGAUCAAGAACAACCCGGGCAAGAUGCCCAUCAUGUGCGCCUACAAGCUGUGCAAAGUGGAGUUCCGAUACUGGGGAAUGCAGUCCAAGAUCGAGAGGUUUAUCCACGACGUAGCCCUGAGGAAGGUGAUGGUGCGGGCGCACAGACAGGCCUGGUGCUGGCAGGACGAGUGGUACGGGCUGAGCAUCGCGGACAUCCGGCAGCUGGAGCACGAGACGCAGCUCAUGCUGGCUCAGAAGAUGGCCGAGUUCAGCUGCAACGACGAGGCGGAGCAGAACGGAGCGAGCACCUCGCCGGCCGACAAGGACCAGGAGUCAAAGGCCAUCGCUGCCUCUGAGGCCGAGGACGUCUCCGGCAGCAUGGGAGACACACUGCAGAGCCGCGGCGAGCUCACCAAGCAGUGGUCCACGUCCUCCAAGUCUUCUCGCUCUUCCAAGAGAGGAGGGAGCCCCUCUCGUCACAGCAUAUCAGAGUGGAGGAUGCAGAGCAUUGCGAGAGACUCGGAGGACAGCUCGGACGAUGAAUUCUUCGAUGCCAUUGAGGACCUGUCUGACAGCGAGGAGAUCUUUUCUGAGAAGAUCACGAAGUGGAAUUCGAAUGACCUCAUAGAUAAGAUUGAGAGCGCGGAGGCUGAUGAGGAGCUGGGAAAUCUGUUUCAGGAUUCAGCUGCUUCCAGUGUGGAUAGACUGAGCGUUAUUGAGAUGCAAAGCUCUGUUAGCAGUGCGAAAAGUAGCUCUGCUAUCCCAACAGUUACAGUGACAGGAGUCUCGUCAGAUGGCUCCUCCCAGCAGUCUUCGCAGCCGUGCAAGAUCCACGUUCUGGUUCUGGUUCUUCACGGAGGCAACAUUCUGGACACUGGGGGCGGAGAGCAGAGCAGCAAGCAGGGGGAUGUGAACACCAUCGCCUCGGCCUUCGAGACGGUUAUGCGGGUCCACUACCCCGCUGCCCUGGGCCACCUCGCCAUCCGCCUCGUGCCCUGCCCUGCCAUCUGCGCAGAUGCCUUCUCUCUGAUGUCCAACCUGAGCCCUUACAGCUACGACGAGGGCUGCUUGUCCAACAGCCAGGACCACAUCCCCCUGGCCGCUCUGCCCCUGCUGGCCACCUCCUCGCCACAGUACCAGGAGGCCGUGGCCACGGUGAUCCUGAGAGCCAACCAGGUGUACAGCGACUUCCUGAAAUCACCGGAAGGGGCCUGCUUCACUGGCCAGGUGUGCCUGAUAGGCGAUUGUGUUGGGGGUAUCCUGGGGUUUGACGCUCUGUGCUACAGCAAUCAGACAGCCUCGGAAAGUCAGAACAGCAGCAGGAGAGGCAGUGUUGUGAGUGUGCAGGACAAUGACCUGCUCUCUCCCGGGAUCAUCGUGAACAACAGCUACUGCUCCGGGAACUCCAACCUGGAGGGCAGCCGGCACCUGAGCCGAAGCAACGUCGACAUCACCCGCAGCGGCGCCGACGACCCCAAGAAACAGCUGCCCCGCAAGAGGAGCGACUCCUCCACCUACGAGCUCGACACCAUCAGACAGCACCAGGCCUUCCUCUCCAGCUUACAUUCCAGUGUCCUGAGGAAUGACCCGGGCUCCAGGAGGUCAAGCAGCUCCACCAUGCUGGACGGGGGGAGCCUCGCCAAGUUCGAGUUCGAAGUGUGCGAAUUCUUCCUCUUCGGCUCUCCUCUGGGGCUGGUUCUCGCUUUGAGGAAAACCGUCAUUCCAUCCAUGGAUGUGUCCCAGUUGCGUCCAGCCUGCCAGCAGGUGUAUAACCUGUUCCACCCUGCGGAUCCCUCAGCGUCCCGCCUGGAGCCCCUGCUGGAAAAGAAGUUCCACCUGCUGCCCCCCUUCAGCGUGCCGCGAUACCAGCGCUUCCCGCUUGGCGACGGGAACUCGGCGCUGCUGGUCGAGACAGUCCAGAGCAAUCCCAUCCUCAUCCUGGAAAGCAGCAGCCCAAUAGUUGCUCUGCGCUCCCAGGAGAACGUCACAGAGACCAGUAUCCCGGUUCCAGUUCUUAACUGGCAAGAAGGCUCCUGUAAAAGUCCAGCCACUGUGGAGUUAGCAGAUGUUGUUCAGUCUCAUGGUGGCGUCUUCAUGGAUAAUUCGUCCCCCUCCUCCCCCAUUACAGCCCCCCAUUUCAGGGGAUUCCGGAGAGCCAGUGAGGUCAGCAUUGCCAGCCAGGUCUCAGGAAUGGCAGACAGUUACACUGCCUCCAACAUAGCCAACAAACAAGCAUGCCAACUUAACCAUUCCAAAAAACUAAGCCUUUUAUCCCAACUCGCUCUCCCCUAUAACAAAUCCUUUUUAAAGAGCGUCUCGCCCAAGUUCAUUAGAAAGCGCAAAACACAGUCCAAGCCCCCAAAUCAUAUAGAGAAGAGCCCCGAGACGGCACCCAGUCGAAAAGCCGGUGCUGUUCCACAGAUCCCUGACCUGGAUAUUGAGCAAGUUGCAGCCCGCUGGUGGGGCACUAAGAGAAUUGAUUUUGCUCUUUAUUGCCCGGAUGCGUUGACGGCGUUCCCUACAGUGGCACUGCCACACCUGUUCCACGCCAGCUACUGGGAAUCCACAGACGUGGUCUCCUUUCUCCUGAGGCAGGUGAUGAGACACGAGAACGCCAGUAUCCUGGAGCUGGAUGGGAAGGAGGUGUCGGAGUUCAGCCCAUCAAAGCCCCGGGAGAAGUGGUUACGAAAGAGGACGCAUGUCAAAAUAAGGAACGUGACCGCUAACCACAGAGUGAACGAUGCCGUCUUCACUGAGGACGGGCAGCAAGUGGUCAGCGGAAGGUUUAUGUACGGCCCACUGGACAUGGUCACUCUCGCUGGAGAAAAGGUGGAUAUUCACAUCAUGAUGCAGCCCCCGAAUGGAGAGUGGGUCUACUUCGACACAGAGCUCACUAACAGCAGCGGCAGGAUCUCCUACGUGAUUCCAGAGAGCAAGCGGCUGGGCAUCGGAGUGUACCCGGUCAAGCUGGUGGUCAGGGGUGAUCACACGAAUGCAGACAGCUACCUGACGGUCCUCCCCAAAACCACGGAGUUCGUUGUGUUCAGUAUCGAUGGCUCGUUCGCAGCCAGCGUCUCCAUCAUGGGCAGCGACCCCAAGGUCAGGGCUGGAGCUGUGGACGUUGUGAGACACUGGCAGGACCUGGGGUACCUCAUCAUCUACGUGACGGGACGUCCCGACAUGCAGAAGCAGCGGGUGGUGGCGUGGCUGUCCCAGCACAACUUCCCCCACGGAAUCGUGUCCUUCUGCGACGGCCUGGUGCACGACCCCCUCAGACACAAAGCCAACUUUCUCAAGUCCCUGAUCACAGAGGCUCAGAUGAAGGUGUAUGCAGCGUAUGGAUCCACAAAGGACAUUUCUGUGUACUCCUCCAUUGGACUGUCACCUUCUCAGAUUUACAUUGUUGGCCGACCAACCAAGAAGAUGCAGCAUCAGUGUCAGUUCAUCUCUGAUGGAUACGCGGCUCACCUCUCCCAGCUGGAGUACAGCCUUCGCUCGCGGCCCGCAAAGAGCACCGCCAGGAUGGUCCUCCGGAAGGGCAGCUUCGGGCUGGGUGGAAACCCAGACUUCCUGAGGAAGAGGAAGCACCUGCUCCGCACCAUCUCCUCCCAGCCCAGCAGCGGCACCAGCGGCUCCCAGUCCAACCACAACAAGCCUGAGCGAACGCAGAGCCAGUCCGAGAGCGAGCGGGAGAGGAUUGAGCGAGGCCAAAGAAGCAUGAGCCUCGCCGCAGGGUGCUGGGGCCGCAGCAGCAGCACCAAACUGGAAACUGCCGUUUUAAGUCAGAAGUAGGAGGCCAAACUGGGCAUGCAUUGAAAAACGGGAAAGGGGCUGAGAAGAGUGCAACUAGAAGCAAGGCAAAAGGAGUUUGCAGAGGGAAGGGGAGGGCAUCUUUUCUUAUCCAGGUUUAUGAGACUCUUGUAAAUACGUGCCUCCUUCGCAUUCACAGUAUAUAUACAUAUUAUGAACCGUCUGAUCGGGAUGUUGGUAAGCAUGUGCAGUGGGUGUGGAUCCUUAAUGGUGGUUACAUGAAGUCCAGCGCAAGUGAAGUGACUUGUGUAAGCAUAGAGAGCAGUGGUGCUUCUUUAGAGUCUUGCUUUAUAGUAGUAGUAGGAAAUAAAUAUACUGUAAAUCUGUAGAUAUUUCCAGCAUGGCCUGCAGGUCACAUGAGGCCUUAACAAAUGGUUUAGGUUUCCUGUUAUACAGAAUAAUAAUGAUAAUAUUAAUAUUAACAAUAGUAAAGGAAAGCGAUGGAAGAGUAGCAUGAACAGGGGCAGGCCCAGUUAUAGUUUAACAUUUCCAACACUGAUGUACAGAGCUCUUUUCCAAAUCAAUUCCGAAACACUGUAGGGUUUUUUUUUCCCAGAUUGACCACUAAGUGUUGUUGCUUGUUCCUGAAUGGGCAACUAUGUCAGAAGGUUUAGAGCGAAGAAAUCUAACAGGGACAUUGUUUCACAGGCUGUGAAAUAGACGCUUGAGGUCUGAGUGGCUGACCACGAGGACCAUGUCGAUUUUGCUUUGUUUGGACUUUGGAGCUGGGCACACCUUCCAUGACCCACGUAAAAGAUCCGUACCUUUUUAACACGCCUUCAUUUAGACCUUGUCAUCCCCUUGAGGAAUCUUCGAAAGUGUGGUACAGGCAGUCACACAGAAAACAAAAAAAUGGCCAAAUCUUUUUUUCUUAGCUGUUGUAGCUCAACUGUAUAACCUCAUUGUUUUUGCACUAAGUUACUUUUAGAAUGAAGAACUUGUAACGGUCUCAUGUUGCUACAUGUUAUUAUCUGUAGUGCAUGAUAGUUAUUAUUUAUUGCCAAUCCAGGGUGUAAUAUGUAUCAUAUAUAACAGUGUGAUUCACAAUGGGUGCACCUCCCGCUGUACUGCGAUUCAGGUGUCCACCCCUGUAUGUCACGCCUUUAAGCUGGGACGAUUCAAACGUGGAGGCGGUGCACACUUUUUGAAUCAUGCUGCUAUCAUAUUAAUUCUACAUAACAAUAAGACAAAGUGCCAAAGAGGCAGUCUUGAAUGUUUUAAGAUUAGGCCAUAUCCAAAAGUUAUGAAAGUACAGUGUUUUCCAUUAGCAUGUGAUCAUACAGUAAGGCAUGCAACACUGUGACAUCAGUGGGCUGAGAGCCCUGCACAGUACAGCUGAUAUUGUUGUUCAUCCUAAGUGUACAAUAAUACGAAACACUGGAAAAGUACUGAUGCAGGGUUGCUGAAACGGCACAACAACAUUUAAUUUUUACAACUUCUGAAAUUUUGGAUAUGGCUUCAAUCCAAAAACAUAGCUCUGGCUGAGUGUAAAGUAUUGAAUGUGAUUUGAAAUAGAUGGUAAUAAUUCAAAUAAAUUGCAAGCUCUUUUUGAAAACGGUUAACGAAAACGUAUAAUGUGUGUAGAUAGUGUAAAGUUAAUGUAAAUGUUCUCAAAAGUAGGUAUAUACAGGCGCGUUAUUUAUGUAGAUAUACAAGGUGAUGGAUCCUUCAGGUUUUAUUAUAUUUAAAAUAAUUCUUUUUUUUUUUUUUUUCUGUUUCAAACUUUAUUUUAUGGACCAAGAGUGAUGUAACUGUCAUUGCACAGGUGCACCAUUAUGACCACUCUCCACAGCUGUAUAGUAAUUUUAAAAGAAACUUCAUGGCAUUGACAAUCAGUGUGCCACGUGUACUGGUUCUGUAACCCUUUGAUGAACCCACAAAUACACACAAACUGGCCUUCCAAUAUACUUAUUUUAAAGUAAUUCAAGAGAUGACCCUUUACCCUCGAACCUCAGUAGUUAAACAUCCCUGGUAUUGGCAGUCUUGUUUAAGAUACUCAAGCAUCCAAAAAGCUUGGAAUCAAGACUCCAUCUGAGUAGCAGGUACUCAUUUAGACACUUCGGAGCCAUACUAGAAACAUCUUGCAUGUUUUGUGGAAACCUAGAGUAGCAUAAGUACAAGACACCUGGAAUGGCUCAAAACGCCAUGAAGCUUUUUUGGACCUGAUAGUUGCAUAAAACCAGAAACAUGCACCCUGCCUGAGACUUAUUUAUAGCAUGCAGACCUAGAGACACUUGGUCAUGGGCAGCAGAAUGCAGCAUGAAGCCAAAACAUGUGUCUAGUAGGAAGUGUUGUGUUUUAUUCAGGCUUGCCAUAUCCAAUGCAAGGGGCAGAGUGGAGCUGUAGAUCACUAGUAAUGAUCCACCCUGAACUACACCCAGGACGUAUUGAGUCCGUUUCAUAGCAUAUUUGUCUGAAUUGUAUAGAUAGGAGUGGGCGGUAGCCAAUCAUCUCUCUCCUUCACUUUGUCACACACAUCCACAUGAUGAAAUGAAAAACACAGAAUUACAUCCUGAUAUUUUCUGCUUAAUUCCAAAAAAAAGAAAUUUAACUGUGGCUGUUAUCCCGUUUUAGAAAUGAUAAAAAAUAAAAAGGAAUAAAUAACAAAAAAAAAAAAAAAAAAAGGAUUUUAUAAUACAAAAUAUUUUUAAACCUUUAUAUUUUAAUAGGCCUAUAAUCUCACAGAUAUUACUAAUGGGUUGUAUUUUAAUUUAAUAGCUAAAUAAGAUAAAUACAUAUAUAAAACUGGGGGUACCGGUUGACAUACAGUAGAUAACUUCCUAUAUAUUUAGUGCAAAAUACUUAACACUGAAGUCCUUAAUUGUGACUGAAUAACACACCUAGUUCAAUUAGCUAAUCCUACACUGAAGUUCAAUCUGUUUAACCUGAUUGGCAUAUAUAUUGUAAAUAUUUAAUGAACAACAGUUUUUAAACUAAAAUAUUCAGACUAAAAUAAAACUAAAUAAAAAUGUUACAGUGUGACCAACCAAGGGGUGACUAGUGUAAUCGGUACACCUUUCCAAACGUGUUCAUAUUCAGAAGUUCUUCACUCAUUGGACACUGGCUAGGAUCCAACUCCCUCCCGUUUGCACCGGACCCUCCAAACAGGCUAUCCUUUGAGUCCCCUGGAAGGGUGAUUAACGAAUGCACCUGAACACUGAUCAAGUCCACCCACAAGGAUAAACACCUUCGCUGACAGGGAGAUCUUUUUAAAAUAAUGUGAGAGCCCACCACUGAGGUAUUGUCAGUGACUUGAUCAGACUUUAGCAGACCUCUUCCGUGGCUGGCACAAUCCCUGGAUCUCAAUCCAUUUGAGCAUAUGUGGGAUGAACUCGAGCGCAGCAUUGGCGGAAGGAAUCCUUUGGCCUACUUCACUAACCCAGAUGCAGUUCAUACAUCUUCAGGCAUCUUGUGGAGCCGUCAUUGCGGCAAAAGAUGGGCAAACCUGGUGGCGAGGGAGGGGUCCUAAAAUAAAAAAAGUGUCUAAUUAGUGUACUAGGUCAGGUAAUGCUUUGCUGUGGUAAAUAUUAGUUCAAAAGCCUUACGUUUUCUCUGUUGCUGUGUUUUAAGUCCACAAAUAUAUUGAUCAAUUUGAGAGAAAAAUUUUGUAUUGAGAAGUGUUGUUCUAUUUUAUUUAUAGAGAAAUGUUACAUAUGGACUUAGGUGAAUAUUGCAACUUAAAUUGUAAAAAAAUAAAAAUAUACACUUAUGAUAAGCUAUACCAGAAAGAAGACUGCACACCACUUACAAAAAACAAAUGUUUCAAACUUCUGCUGAAAGGUUUCGAUUUUCUGUGUUCAUUUCAAAAUGCGUGUGUAAAAAUAACGUUUGGAAUGGUUAACUUGUGUUAGCACUUCAGACGUACAUAGUUCUUUGUUGCUGCAAUGUUCUAGUGCCUGGGUGUGCUUUGUGUACAGUAUCAUUGUACGUUAUGUGGAUUAAAAGAAAUUGGACAGCUA